ACGACAGACAGAAGAGUGAUUAAUUAAAAUGUGAUUGAUGAACCUAAGGAUGUAUCAUAUGGAAAUGCAAUAUGCCUGCCCAAGCAUAUCUCCAUCUCAUGUAUACUUACAGCACAACCAACAACCAACGUUGUGAAGAAUUUACCUGUGAUGCUACGAUAUUUUUUGUGGACAUGGGCUCUUGAUCUCGGCAUGUUCUUCAUAUUUGUCUAUACAUCUAGGCGUUCUUAUGACUUCUUUGACCCACACCCGGCUCUCUUUUAUUUUAUCAUCAGUGUCACAGUUCAUUAUCCCCAAGCAUUUACGAGCUGCUAUGUGAAGGUGACUGGCCGUCUCUGAGGGGGCGCCCUGCAAAUGGGCAGGGACAAUACCAAGUUUUUGAUGCUUAUCCUGUCAACUCAGUUGCGCAAUUGUACCGUCGAACGUCAGUCAGGGCCCAAUCGCCAUAACAACGAGCUCUACUGCUUGUGCCUCCUCUACUUUUUCUUUCUUCUCGUUUCUUUUUAGAAGUAUGCUCCUAGGGCAAUACAUCGCCUGGUGUGUACCUGAGUCGCAUCGCCGUGCCUACUCCUAGUGAACCUUUGACUGAUACAUUGUGUUAGCUGUCCAUUCAGCUAAACAACGGCUGACUUUCACGUUGGGAGCCAGGCUUCCUCUCCGCGUAGGCUUCUGGGUUUGAAGUGGCGACUCAUGAAGAAACUUGGGAGGAUGUAUAAGAACAUGUGUCUUACAUAGCGAUGCACCGCAUUGGCGAGGACCGCGCUUGCCAGAAGGACAUGUGAGAAGCCGCGUUUCAACUCGACUGUGCGAUU